CAUAAUAAACAGCCAACAGAUGUUAAUCCAUCUAAAGUCUGAAUGGGUGUGACACACAAGAAAAACGAGCCUAUUGUUUUUUUCUUACACCAAGCACCUAACUCUCACUCCUUCUUCUUCGCUUUCUUCACACUCCCAAUUUGCUCACCAUGAUCUCCAAUUCUCUUCCCUCGUAACCAGAUCAUCCAAAAUGAUGAAUCACGAUUCCGACGACCAACAGCAUCACAUUCUCCACGCCUCCCAGGACGACGAGAUAAUGGACUCGCUGAUCCUCCACCACGACGACGACGGCUCCUCCGUUCACCAUCACCACCGUCCUACGUCGCCGCAAAGCCCUAAUUCCCCUUUCAACUCGUUCCUUGACCCUCCCUCUUACGCCGAUGCAAUCUUCACCUCCUUCGAUUCCAACGGCCACGACCAAGCCGUCGAGUCCCCCGCCGCCCGAUUCGGCUCCGGCGACUACCUCCACAUCUCCGUCACCGAUCCUCAGAAGGAGCAGGACCUCGCCACCUCCACCUCCCUCGUCCCUGGCGCCGCCACCUUCUACACCUACCUCAUCACCACGCUCAUCAACCUCCCUGAAUACGGCGGCGUCGGUUCCGAGUUCGCCGUCCGGAGGCGAUUCCGUGACGUGGUGGCGCUCUCGGAACGGCUGGCGUUGGCGUAUCGCGGGUUCUUCAUCCCGGUGCGGCCUGACAAGAGCACGGUGGAGAGCCAGGUGAUGCAGAAGCAGGAGUUCGUGGAGCAGCGGCGCGUGGCGCUGGAGAAGUACCUCAGGAAGCUGGCGGCGCACCCGGUGAUCGGGCGGAGCGAGGAGCUCAGGCUGUUUCUCGAGGCCAAGGAGCGGCUGCCGCUGGCGAAAACCACCGACGUUGCGUCGCGGAUGCUCGAUGGCGCCGUGAGACUGCCGAGGCAGCUGUUCAGUGGAGAGGCGGAGCUGGGAGAGGUGGCUCAGCCGGCCAAGGGCGGGAGGGACUUGCUCAGGAUUUUCAAGGAGUUGAAGCAGUCUGUUGCCAAUGACUGGGUUGGGAGCAAGCCCCUUGUUGUGGAGGAGGAUAAGGAGUUCAUGGAGAGGAAGGAUAAGUUGGUGGAUUUUGAGCACCAUCUUAGCAAUGUUUCUCAGCAGGCUGAAUCCCUUGUCAAGUUUCAGCAAGACAUGGGUGAAACGAUGGGUGAACUAGGUCUGGCUUUUGUUAAGCUUACAAAAUUUGAGACAGAAGAAGCCAUAUUUGAGUCUCAGAGAGUUCGAGCUGCUGACAUGAGAAAUGUGGCAACUGCAUCUGUUAAAGCAAGCAGGUUAUAUAGAGAGCUGAAUACACAGACAAUCAAACAUUUGGAUAAACUACAUGAAUACCUUGGGACAAUGCUAGCUGUCAACAAUGCAUUUUCUGACAGAUCGAGUGCAUUGUUGACUGUUCAAACUCUCUCAUCAGAACUAGCUUCUUUACAUUCACGGGUGGAAAAGCUUGAAGUUGCUUCAUCCAAAAUAUUUGGUGGAGACAAGUCUAGGAUGCGGAAAAUUGAAGAGUUAAGAGAAGCCAUUAGAGUUACUCAGGAUGCUAAAAUUUGUGCAGAUAGAGAGUAUGAACGAAUCAAGGAAAAUAAUAGGAGUGAACUUGAAAGAAUUGAUCAAGAGAGGAAUAGUGACUUCCUAAGCAUGCUGCGAGGGUUUGUUGCAAAUCAAGCAGGCUAUGCAGAGAAGACAGCAACUGUGUGGGAGAAGCUUGCGGAAGAAACGGCUGCUUACUUGAGAGACAGCAGCUAAAAUGUACUUGGCUGUAAAUUCUUGUUUUUGCCUUUUUUAUGCAGAAAAGUAGUUCUAGAUUUUGGUUCCAUUAAUUUAAUCUUAUGUAGUUACAUUACUUUAGACGAACUUAGUGUUAGCUCAGAGUUGUAUAUGCAUAUAUCCCUUUUAUUUUUGUCCGACAUUCAAGAUUUCAAUGUGUUUUAAGUUUUAACUAAUCUGAGUUGUACAUUUCUUGUUAUU